AUGGGUUCAGGGUCAAGCGUCCAGUGUAAGAUACGGCAUUGUACUGAGUGUUAUGGGGACACAGAAUUCUACUGUAACACGUGUCAACAUGACCUGUGUCUAUCAUGUAAAGAGGGGCAUGUUAUUGAUCUUGAUACCAUACACCAUGAUGUUGUGAUUUAUCGAGAGAAAUAUGACAUACAAAAACAUGAGACCUGUUUGAGACAUCCAGACAGAAUGUACACUAACUACUGUUAUACAUGUAAACUUCCUGUCUGUGCCAAGUGUAAAGAACAUGAGCAACACAAAAUACUGGACAUUAGAACAGCGUAUAAAACACAUCGUGAACAAUACAGAGACAUCCUGCAAAAAAUCAGAGACACUCUUCAACUUACACAACACACCUUACCCUCCCUGAGAGAGGAAAUCAAAAUAGAAGAUGUGAUUGAGUUUCUGAGUGAAGUCCAAAUCAUAGGGAGAAGACAGAGACAAAUGAGAGAUGAAGAUCUACUGGAACUUAUGUCUACACCUGUAUACAGGAUAGAUCGAUACAAUAGCACAGGACAACACAUACAUACAAUACGUGACACCAAGGGUCAGAAACUGCACAGUAAUCCUACAUGCAUUGUAGAGAACUGCAACGGAGAUGUUAUUGUGUCUGACAUAGAUUGGUUAGGUGGUGCUGUAGUGGUGACAGAUAGGGUAGGACGACAUCGUUUCUCUUACACUGGACAUCAAUCAGGAUUACGACUUCAGCCACGUGGAAUCUGUACUAACGCGCUGUCACAUAUCCUUGUGUGUGAUCUUGAAACUGUAACAAUACAAAUAAUUGACAAGGAUGUUACUUGGAUUGUUGAUAUGUCCCUAGGAAUCUAA